AUGUCCAUUCGAGAGCGCGCUAUUUUUCAGAAUCUAGUUGAAGAUGACCGGCCCGAGAUUCGAGUUCAGAUCCUCUUGGAAUCAAUGCUAUCGGAGGAGCUCGUGAAGGAUUUUCUCGAGACUGCACCCCCUCCAGCUCCCACAAAGGUCGGACUUUCACCCGCAUAUUCUCCGUCUGGUCAUCUCACUGCCCUGGCUAUCGCAACAACGACACGAGUAUUGGUCGUUCAAUUCCACAAUAAGAACAAAUCCGAGAAAGCAAAGGCCGGCCGCCAGAUCCUCGAGGACAGUAUCUUGUGCAACGCGGACUGUGCGCUAUAUGCGUUCGAUCUCGCCGUGCUUGCCUGCUCGCUGUUUUACGAUUACGGUCUGCGCAUUGUCAACGGGAUAAAUAUCCAGAGUGUUGCUCAUCCCACCGGGAUAUGCUCGCCACUCGCCGCCAUCCAGUUUGGGGCGGGCGAUCACGUCGAGGUUCACAAGGAGAAUAUCGUAGCGUAUUUCAAGAACAUGUUCUGGGAUCCCUCCCGCACUACACCACCCGCGCUUCGUGCAUGGAUCUCGGUAUACCUACCUGUCGUCCUUCCUGACAUGGAAGAGAAAUUCAAUAGUGUGAAACGCGUCAACACGAAAGAUUUCAGCGAGACUUACCUCGAGUACAUCGCGCAGCUCACGCGAGGUGAUCAGCGACUCGCGUUGAAGAAAGCGCCAACGACUAGUCACGACUUUGGCUGGCAGACGAUCAGCAACAAGAAUGCAACGGUGAAUUCCACGAGGUUUCAGUCAAGGAUUCAGAAAUCUGCCAAUCUAGUGAUAUCUGUGCAGGACGACUAUGGUUCAGAAUAUCGCGUUCAUGGGCGGACUGAUGACAUCAUGGGACGCACGGCCACUCUUAAGGCCGGCGCAAGCCUCGAAGGCAAGGUUAUCACUGCCAUUACGUCUGUGAACAGUGAUCGGGCUACCAAUGCAGAGACACUGAACGCUGUGACCUUACUGCGGGUUCUUCAGGGAGAGGUUGAUCUUCUUGACAACCCUUUUCUGAAGUACAUUUUGUUUCCCAUGAAGGAUGUCACAUUCACCUGGCCAGAGUCUUUUGAUUCUUCUGAUUUUAUUCCCUCCAUCAUAUCAUCACACCUCAAUAGUUCCCAGCAUCAUGCUGUGGAAUGUAUGCUUUCUAUGACUGAUUCCACCAGAAUUACCAUGAUUCAAGGACCUCCUGGGACAGGAAAGACUACUGUGAUUGCUGCCUAUGUUUCCUCUGCUGUGGCUGCUGGCUUCACUGGGAUCUGGCUUGUUGCACAGACAAAUGUGGCUGUUAAGAAUAUUGCAGAGAAGCUAGUGGAUGUUGGCUUCACCAAUUGGAAGCUGCUGGUAUCUGCUGAUUUUCAUAUUGCUUGGCAUGAACAUCUUUACCAUAAAGUUGUCAAAAACAUUAUUCGAUCUGAUGAGUUUCAAAGAGCUGAAGGAUUGCUGCAAGACUGUCCUGUAGUUCUUUGCACUCUUUCUAUGCUUUCUAAUCCAAGGGUUAAGAACUUCUCACAUAUUGUUCCUAUUUCUACCCUAGUGGUAGAUGAAGCAAGUCAGAUUGCAGUCAAUGGCUAUGUUGGUCCUCUUGGAACUUAUCCUUCUCUGCGCAAGGUCUGUUUUAUUGGAGAUGACAAGCAGUUACCUCCAUUUGGACAGGAUGACAAUGAAGAUUUGAAAAGUGUGUUUGAAGUACCACAUCUUCGUCGCUUGGCAAUUUUACUGGACACUCAGUGUAAAGUAUCUGGUUUUUAA